UUCUAAUUUACACUGCUGCUUAUUCAUUUGAUAGUUCCUAUUGAAUCUUUGUAUAUUUUAUUUUGUAACGAUGGUGUCGUUCGCACCAUAUUUAUUUUUGUAGACAUCUCAACUAUUUUAUCUAAUAUCUGCUCAUUUCUAGAGAUUGAAAGAAAUCAUUACAGAAAUGGCUGAUGAUCUGAGUGAUAAGCUGAUUAAAAAUGGAGAGGAUCAAGAACAAAAAUUGAAAGACAUGAUAUUAAAUGAAAACAAGAAAUUAUGGGUAGUGGCAGGUCCAGCUAUACUUACAAGAUUUUCAACAUUUGGAGUAAAUAUAAUAAGCUUAGCUUUUAUUGGUCAUAUUGGAGCCACUGAACUUGCUGCUUAUUCAUUGAUUUUCACUGUCCUCCUCAGAUUCUCCAUUGGUAUUCUUAUUGGUAUGGCAAGUGCACUAGAGACACUAUGUGGGCAAUCAUAUGGAGCAAAACAAUGCCAAAUGCUUGGCUUACAUCUUCAAAGAUCAUGGAUUGUUCUAACAAUCACCACAACACUUUUACUCCCUAUAUUUCUAUUUACAACUCCAAUUUUAAAAGCAUUAGGUCAACAACAUGACAUUGCACAAGUGGCUGGGAUAGUUUCACUUUGGUUUAUCCCAGUGGUAUAUGCCUAUGUUGUGUCACUCACUUGCCAAAUGUACCUUCAAGCACAAAGCAAGAACAUGGUUAUUGCAUACUUAGCUGCAAUUACACUAAUAAUCCAUGUUUUUUUGUCUUGGCUUUUGACAAUCAAGUUUAAGUUUGGUCUGUCUGGGGCUAUGGUAUCAACAAUUUUGGCUUUUUGGAUACCUAAUAUUGGUCAAUUGGUAUUUAUUAUGGGUGGAUGGUGCAAUGAUACUUGGACUGGUUUUACAUUUUUGGCUUUCAAGGAUUUGUGGCCUGUUGUCAAGCUUUCUCUAUCAUCUGGUGUCAUGUUCUGUAUUGAGCUGUGGUACAACAGUAUACUGGUUCUGCUCACUGGAAACUUCAAAAAUGCCAAGAUUCAAAUUGAUGCCCUUUCUAUAUGCCUUGGCAUCAAUGGUUGGGAAAUGAUGAUAGCUCUUGGCUUCAUGAAUGCAGCAUGUGUACGAGUAGCAAAUGAGUUGGGAAGAGGAAGUUCCAAGGCAGCAAAAUUCUCAAUAAUGACAAUAGUCUUAAUAUCUUCUACCAUUGGUUUCAUCCUAUUUUUAUUCUUCUUCUUCCUAAGGGGACGUUUGGCUUAUGUUUUCACAAAAAAUGAAGAUGUAGUUGAGGCAGUAGAUUAUUUAUCACCUCUCUUGGCUUUUUCAAUUCUAUUGAACAGUGUUCAACCUGUACUUUCUGGUGUAGCUGUUGGAGCUGGAUGGCAAAGCAUUGUUGCAUAUGUUAAUAUUGGAUGUUAUUACUUGCUUGGAAUUCCUAUUGGAGUAUUGCUUGGUUAUGUUCUACAAUUACAAGUUGGAGGGGUUUGGAUUGGAAUGUUGAUUGGCACACUUGUUCAAACCAUUGUAUUACUUAUUAUUACUUUCAAAACUGAUUGGGAUAAACAGGUAACACUUGCUCAACAACGAGUUAAAAGGUGGUCAGUAGAAGAUGAUAACAAUUCUACAUUGCAAGAAAGAAGGGCCUAAUUUGCAAUAGCUUCUUAUAGGAAUAAUACAUGUAUAAAUAUUUAAAUUUAGCAUCAUCAGCUAAGCAAUCAACCUAACUUUGAGAGUGCAUGUCUAGAUACCUCAACUUGAUCUCAAUUGGCAACUAAACACUCCAACGUGUUCCCACUGUGUCUCGUGGAAACCCGAAGAUGACACGACACAUAAAAUUUGGAGAUGUCUAAAUGUUCAUUUUGUAGAUUGGAGUGUUCAAUUAACAUAAUGGAGGCAAGCUGAGGUGUCUCUACAUGUAUACUUAGAGUUAGGAGUGUUUACUUGUCGGUUGAGGCUAAGUUUGAGUGUGUGUUUUUGUAUUAUGCGUUUAUUAUAUUAAUCUUCUUAUUGUAUGAAGUAACUCUAGGUUGGUUUAAUAUGUGCAUCAACUAUUAUUUCUGUUUGUGCAUAAGAUUGUUGAGUUACAAAAGCAUGAACCAGGCUUGUCUUUUAUAAACUAAGCCGCAUGUCAUGUAGUAUAUAUGAAUUACACAGCAUGGUAAGGUUUAGGGGUGUGCAUCGGUCUGUUCAGUUUGAUUUUGUAUAUUAUCGGUUUGGUUUAUCGAUUUUCAAUUUGUAAAGAUGUUAACCCGAUAACCAAAUCACUAAGAUAUUUAUUAUCGAUUUUGGGUGGAUUGAUUUUUUGUCUUUA